AUGGAGGUGGAGAGGGUGAAUACGUGGCCAAACGUUACACUUGGCAGCAAGAUCAGUGGUGUCAUGGGAACAGUUUUAGACACCCGUAUUACGGAUAACUCCUUCACAGGCAUGGGGAAUGGAGCUGCCAUGACUGGUUUGAGACGAGUGGUUGAGGGCAUGAACAUAAGAUGUACACCUUCUAGCAUUUGUGGGCCUGAUGGAGUUGAACAGCAAUUUGGACCAGAGCACUCUUAG